CCAUAUUCAUGCAAAGUCUGCUGUCUUCUCAAGUUGGCCGUCGACCCAACCUGGCGCUAUGCGAGUGGUAAUUUCUCUACCGUCUGCCGCCCAAUCCUCACGGUGGUGAGUCACAAUGUCUCUAGAGCCCUCGAAUUCGGCAACUUCUCGGCACCCCAUCGAAAGGACCUCAUUCUUCCAUUAACACGAGCUGAGCUGUACGCCAACUUUGGUGCUUAUGCGGGCGUGGUGAAGGAACUGCAUUACGCUAUCGCCAGCAGCGAGGUAGUUAAUAGUUCCAACUCCAAGGGACUCUCCAUUCUAUUUCUUGAUGAUGUCACACCCUGUCCCAAUGGACGAUGCAAACGAGGGAAGUGCUUCAAGCUCAUUGGUCCAAAGGACGCUAGUUUUGGGGGAAUCAUAGAUCUGCUUGGUGGCGAGUCUCUCUUCCGUGUUUCGACUGAGUGGCUUCACUGA